AUCCGAACGAACCGGCUUGUAAAGGCAUCAGCAACAACACCGGUCCCUCGUUUAUCUGCAAAGCAACCAGCGGCUAGAAGUGCCGGACCCUCCGAACCAAGUCUGCAUCGCGGUGAAGCUCUAGUUGUGAGCGAUGCAGCUCAUUACCAAUAGUGAAAUUUGGCACCCGGGAAGAGCAUAGAUAUACGACUGUUUGGAAAAGAUUGCAACAACGCCCGUUCCCUUUGCCCACACACACCGGUGUUCAUCUGUUGGGUGCUGUUUCGGUUUCGUUAGAUGAAGUGUUGUUAUUUUGGUGAAGAUAGCAUUUAGUGGCCACCGUACCCGUUCCUGGUGUAACGUAGCAAAAUGAGUCAUUCAAGAAAUUACAAUUACUAUGAGCCGUCUAGGUCACGCAGCAGGGAACGCAGCUACCGGCGAGAUUACCGCGACGAUUCGGAACGAUACAAUUUAAGCGCAUCGGAAUCGAGUCGCACACCUGCAGAUUAUAGUGCCUCCAGUUAUCGAAGAAGUUCCCAUCACCGUAGUUCACACUCCACCGCACACUAUCAUGACCCGCCAGCGUCCUCAUCAUCUUCCAUGGGCAUGGGGACGCACGACUGUUCGACACACGGCUCGUCCGGAAAGGUGGUGCUGGCAGUGUUCAAUCUGAGCAUUUACACAACCGAAGCGGAACUGUACGAUACGUUUUCCAAGUUUGGCCCACUCCGCAAGACGACCGUUGUGCUCGAUGCAAAGACGGGCCGAUCCCGUGGGUUUGGAUUCGUCUACUUUGAAAGUGCGGAAGAUGCAAAGGUGGCCCACGAUCAAGCGAACGGCAUCGAAAUAGGCGAUCGGCGGAUACGGGUGGACUUUUCGGCCACGAACAAACCGCACGAUCCGACACCGGGCGUCUACUAUGGCAAAGUGUCCCAUCCGAAGGGUGGUGGGUACGGUGGCCAUCCUUCGCACGGUAUGCCAAGCUCCCACGGUUAUCAUCACUGCCGGGCAUGCGAAGUGGAAGCGCGGGAACGUGAGCGAUGGGAACGGGACACAAGAUCGAGGGACCACCACUACUACUACGACAGCUAUACCGGUCAUGAUCGUAGUCGCAACCGUUCCAUGACGGGCCGGUCUGGCCGAAGCGAUUACUAUCGUGGUGGGACCAGCAUUCGCUGACAGUGGCCCUUCUACCAUGCACCAAUUGCUGUUGGUUGAUCAGUAGGGAACCUUGGAAACAGGCAAACCGAGCAAAAAGGGAAACAACGAAAAGAUGCGACGCGUGCUAGUGUGCGGGCAAACUGUUUCUCGUUUUGCACUUUUGUUGCGUUGCAAGCACAAUAGCGAACUAAGUAAGUAAGGAUGUUUAAGAUAGCCAAAAAACCGGAAUUGAAAUCCCUGUGCGAUAUGAUAUUAUGGGAUGCUGCCUGUCUGUCUGCAUGUCACGGGACGUUAGGGAAGGGACACGGAAAGGAGUCCCAAAAGGAAUAGUGAAGAAGGAAUAGAUUUAAAAAAAAACAGCCAAGUUCCGGCAGUGGCAUGCAUUGGUGAUUAGCUACUCCUUCCUGUUCGUCCCGCCAUUACAAACGGGCUGAUUGCUUUGAAGAACAGGUUUCAAUCGUUUGUCCAAUGUGCAGAAAGGCGCAUAAUAUCCUUAUAGCGAAAUGUGUGUAUGUGUGACGUUGAAAGAGAAGAGAAGGGUCGGUUUUUGCGUGUCCGGUUCAACGGAUUCCGAUCUCAAUGGCCGGCCGAUAGGGAGAGGAAACUGGAUUUCUGACCCGAAGGUGUACGAUAGUAUUGUUGAAUGUGUUCUUCUUCUGAAACUCCCUUCCUGUCUUCUCUUUUCUCUCACAUCGCCCCCCCUUCAACUGCUUAUGAUCUCCCUUG